CAGCCCCGCUCCGCCCCGCUCCGCCCUCCGCGCUCAGCGCCCCGAGCCGCUUCCGCCUGCCCCGGCCGCAGGUUAUCGGCUAGAAAGGGUUUCCUCUACACCUGUUUUAUUCCUCGACUGCCCUCACAAGGAGCCUGCGAGACCCCUGGAACCAGCUGCCUGGAGACUCUUGGAUUUACCUAAAUAUAGCAUUAUUUCCUCAAUUAUUUUAAACCAGUUGCAAUUAAUGUGAAAGGAAUGCAAAGAAUGUGCUCUUUGCUUAGUCACAGAGUUGGAACGAUGCACAGAGCACUGGCACAGCUGCAAGCACCGAACAGAUGGAAAAAUAUUUGGGAGGUGUGAGAGAGAGCCUGGCAGCUCCAGGAGAUUCCCCCAGCGCCCACAUCACCCCUCUGAACGCUGUCCUGUGUUCUCCUCACAGAUUCCCAGCCGAGUCCCUGGGCACCAGAGGGUUUGUGUGGUACGAGGAGCGCAGCCGGGGCACCCCGAGCCCCACAGGGAGACAACCCUUGGCCAGAAGAUGAUUUUCCCGUCUGUGCUCCGGGCCAGGGGCUGCUGAGAUGGCACAGAGAGCUGAGCUGCAGCCAAGCCUCGAGGAUGUGUUCAACAUUCUGUCCCAGGCCCCAACAGAGAAACUGCUGAGCCUCAAACUCAAACUGAAGCACUUGAAACCUGGGCCCUGCAGCAAGUUACUGCAGGCUAUGGUCCUGCUUACUCUGGGCCAAGAAACGGAUGCAAGAAUUUGUCUGGAUGCCUUGAGGGAUAACCGGGCAGCACAGUACAUCCAGCAGGUCAAACUGGGCGCCGCAGGAGUGCGGGAGGACGGGGAGGAUCUGCAGCCUCCCCAGCUGGAUGCAGGUGCCAUGGCACUGCUGGCACAGGUGUAUGCAGUGCUGGCACAAGAGGAGCUGUGCAGUCCCCAGGCCAGGGACAAAGCCUGCCAGGCUGCCACCAAAGCCUGCCACGCCACCAGUGACGCUCAGCGGGGGACAUCCAACAACAUCCCACCCAAGGACCAGGACAAACAGGGCUCAGGGGACAGGUUUUCCACACUGAGAUCCCAUGAGGAUGCAGGAUUUCCCCACGCAGCCAGCUCCCACUGCAUGGGGAGGAGUUCACCGGUGCAGUUUGGAGGCUGCUCAGACCUUUCAGCCCCACGGACCCUGUGCUCUGUGGGGAGCUCCUCCCUGCCCAGCUGUUUGGAGAUCAGCACAUCACCAACAGCUGCUUUUCACGCCCAGCCCUCUGUCCCUGCGUGUGUCCCCUGUAAUUGUGCUGGACAUCCCGAGGGGGACACCCAGAGCCACAGCCCGCAGGAAUCCAGCUGGGCCAGCACACCCAGCUCUCCAGCUGGGCAGGACACAGCUGCCCAAGGGCCCUGGCCAGAGAAGGUUCUGCAGCUCAGUCCCUGUCACUCCACCCCUCUCCCUGUUCCCGAGACGCCGCUGCCCUCAGAGCCUGCCCAAAACAGUGAUGUGUCCAGCACGGUGAUAGAGCCCCACAUACCAAGAGAAAAGCAGGAUGAAAAGCAAUUCUCUACUGCUGUCCCUGACCCCAGGGCUGCAGUGGAGACUGCUCCUGCCCAUGUGCCCAUAGAGGAUUCCAACAUUCCAGAAGGCAUUCCCUGUACCUCUGCACGAGCUUCUAUUUCAACCUGUUCCCUUCCUCCUCCUACUUAUUCCUUCUCCUCAACUCUUCCUCCUGUCCAGGAAUCUCACUCCAACCUAUUCUAUCCCCGUCCCCUGCGCUCAUCCCCCUCUCCAGCCUGGCCUCCUGCUGGAGGUUCCAUGAAUUCAUCAGAGCCAUAUCGUGCCAAGUUCUUCACAUUCGUUGUCCUGCACGCCAGUGAAGAUGAGAUUGUGGCCCAGAGGGUUAAGACCCGGCUGGAGGACAUGGGUGUGCCCGACGGUGCCACACUCAGUGAGGAUUUCUUCAUCGCCGGACGCAGCCACAUGACUUGCUUCCAGGAGGCCAUGGAAAACUCUGCCUUCAUCAUCCUCCUGCUGACCAAGAACUUCCCAUGCAACCUGUGCCUGUUCCAGACAGACACUGCUCUGAUGCAGUCCAUCCUGCACCCCGCCAAGAAAGACUCGGUCAUCCCGUUUCUACCCGAGACAAACGCCCUGGAGUGCAGCCAGAUCCCCAUGACGCUCAGCAUGCUCGUCACCCUGAACGAGAGCUCUCCCCUCUUCUCCAGGAACGUGUCCAACACUUUUAACCCCACGAGGAUCAUGGAGAAGAAAGCGCUGUGGUACCAGAUGCAGAGAAGGAAGCUCCAAGCGUGUUGGGAACGGCAGCAAGCCCAGCAGAACUUGGCUGCCCUGAACCUGGGCUCCACUCCCUGGGUGCCUCCGGCAGGACCACGGCCGUGGUCAGCGGAGCCAUCGGGGCAGCAGCGGCGUCCCCCUGCCCCGAGGGGACCUCCCCCUGCCCAGCUCCCCCCAGACCACUACAACAUCACGCCAGGCCAGGGGGGGAUCCCACCCCUCAUCAUCCACCACGCCCGCAUGGUUCAGAUCGGGAACCACAACGUGAUGCAGGUGGAAACUGCCCCACCUGGGCCCGGGGACAGCCAGGAGCAAACCAGGCACAACGUCUGACCCAGGGCAGCCAAGCUCAGAGACAAAAUUCAUUUCAAAUCCUGGAUUAAAGUGAUUCCGCUGGGACUGGGACUAUUAUUCUAUGCACUGAGAGUGCCAUUUUCCUGAAGCACAAAAGAAAAUUCUUCAUUUUUUUGUUGGAAGUAAGAUGUGGCGAUCUCUUGGAGCUGUUCUUCCUUGUGCACAUUUUCAAGCAACUGAGAAAAUUAUUUUCCUGAUUGUCUGGAGCUAC